CGCGACACGGAAGAACGAUGUAUAACGCGGAGCUGAAACCAGCUCGCGAACGACCGACACCUAUCAGCAGUUGUUCGCCGUUACACGGGACACGAGCUCGAGUCGUUAUGUUCGCGGGUGCGCGUCUUACUUCACGAAAUAGCGGCGAUCUCGCAGGAACCGUAGAACGGGGAUCCUAUUGCCCGUAAACGUCGUUAACGAAUCCUCCCCGACGUGGCCAUGGCCGUUAUACGGCCGACAAAUUUCAUCCAAUCCUCCUCCGCUAAGAUUAAUGUUCCGCAAGUGGGAAAACUAACGAGAGGAAAAUAUCACCGGAAUUCUUGAUGGCCAUGACGGUCGAAACGAGAUAAUUACGGGACGUCAUGUCGUAUUUAUCUGUACAGUGGUCGUUCGUUGUUGCGCGGCGGCCAUUUUGUUUUCGCGGGCGAUCCCUCCUUGCGAUCGACGAUUUCGAGAGAUCGUGCCAUUACGAGUACAAUGGUUUUGGGGAUUUUAAUCCCUGUCUACAUCUCUCGGUUAGGAAUAACUGUCCGCUAAACGUACAAGGAUGAUCUGGGUUGUUAAAUUAAGUGCCUUGCCCUGUAUGUCGGGAGAUCGCGACGCACAAUGGAGGUCCGCGAGGAGGAGAACAAGGACUCGACGUCGAGUCAAAGCGACAUUGCCAAGUGCAGGAAAUAAAGAUAAUUAAAUGUUACGAGAAUUCUUGGUACGAGAGAUUAUCAAGAUACAAAAGUAAAGCGACGCUAGUGGUCGUUCGUAGUUGGACGAGCGGCCAUUUGUUUUCGCGGGCGAUCCCUCCUUUCGAUCGUCCAAGUGCGAUCAUCGAUUCGAAGAGAUCGAGCCAAGUCAAGCCAUGACGAGAACAAUGGUUCUGUGGAUUUUAAUUUCCUUCUGCAACUCUAGACUGGCUAAGAAUAAUGAUAAUUAACCGUACCGAGAUAAUCCGGAUUGUAAAAUGAAGUAACCCGAUCUAUAUCCCGCAAGCUCGCAACGCACAGAGAAGAUACGCGAAGAAGGGAACAAGGAGAACGCGAAAUCAAGUCAAAGAGGCUUUUUAGAGUGCAAAGAAUAUCGAGAGUAACUUUAAGUUAACGAAAUCCUUGGUGGCAACAAUAAUUAAAGCAUAAAAGUAAACUGACGCUAGUGGUUCCUCGUUGUGACGCGAGCGGCCAUCUUGCUUUCGCGGGCGAUUCCUCCUCUCGAUCGACCAAGAGCGAUCGACGAUUCGAAGAAAUCGGGCCAAGCCAAGCUAAACCAUGACGAGAACGACGGUUCUGCGGAUUUUUUACGCGCCGAAAGUCACCCAGGCGCAGACCGCGACGCCGCCGAGGACGCCGGGCGUCGGGGCGGACUCUGCGACCGUCUUCCCUGGAAAAGCAGCCCGGGUGGGCGAGGUGAUGGAGCUCUGCUAUGUCACCGAGAGAAUUAUCGCCUUGUGGUACAGAGACGACGCCCAAGGGGUCCUGGAGCGUGCGACGAACCUCCUAAGAGGGAAACACGCCAACAAUUAUAUGAUCUUUAACCUCUCUUCACCGGGACGAAGAUCCGAGCCAAACACGAGGGAAGCAGGAUGGCCGCAAGGAUUGGCUCCUGGCCUGGAAAGGCUCUGCGCCCUCUGCAAGGAGCUGGACUCCUGGCUGAACUCGGCCCUCAAUCGGGUCGUCGUUCUCCAUGCGAGGGGCAGCAAGGAGCGUCUCGGCGUUGCCGUGUCGGCGUACAUGAACUACAGCAGCAUCUGCGGGGGGAGCGACCAGGACCUGGACAGGUUUGCGAUGAGGAGGUUCCUCGACGACAAGAUUGGCUCCCUCCGGGUGCCGUCCCACCGAAGAUACAUCGAGUAUUUCAGCGGCCUCCUCUCGGGGUCUUUGAGGAUCAGCUCGUCGCCGCUGUACCUGACGCACCUGACGGUCCUCGGGGUACCUCUUUUUGAGCCCACGGGUUGCAGAGCCUUCCUCAAGGUCUACGAGGGCCUCAACCCUGUCUACACUUCCGAUCUCUACUCCGUGACGAAUGCAAGGGAGUUCACCGUGAACCUUGGAGGACUUCGUCUCAGAGGUGAUAUCCUGAUAAAGUGCUAUCACCGGGUCUACUCUAAACAGAGCCGCGAGACGAUGUUCGCCCUCCAGUUCCACACAUGCGUCAUCACGGAGAACGUCGUGGCGUUCCCAAGGUCCGAGCUGGACGUGGCGUGCGAUGACCCCAGGUGCCCUCCUGACAGUGUGGUGACCCUUUACUUCGCGAGUGACCCCAGACUGCAAGAUGGUCCCGUUCCAGCCCCAACUCCUGCGGUCCCCCAUGCUUCCGCUCGCCACGACCCGAUUCUGCAUUGGGACAGCUACGCCAACCUGGAGACCAGCGACGAAGACGUCUACGAAGGCCGCGAAACGCCGCUCUCGCCGCCUCCGCCACCGCCGAACAACUCCGUGCAGACUCUGCAGACGCUGCACUCCCUGCAGACCCUGCAGACCGCGCCACCACGUGGCUUGGGACACCUGGAUUACACCUGCGGCCCGAUAGAUGGCUCCCUCUACGCGGUGGUUCACCAGGGAACUGGCGGCGGCGCUCGCGGAUCCCCGCUGACGGUUUCCAUGGACAGCGGCAUCAGCAGCGCCCCACCUCAACGACCCAGUCCCCCAGAGCCGGGGACGGAGAGCCAGAUUCACGGCGACCUCGACAAGCUCUUGCACGACAUGAUGCUUACCGUCGAGUCGAUGCCGGAUCCACCUUCCGAAGACUACGGACGGAAGGAGCGAAACGAGAAGCUGUACACCCCACAGCAGACGCGGAAUUACGGGAACACGUUGCACUCGUCGUCCUGCGAGAAUUACCUGGUGACCAAAGAGAGCAGCCCACCGUACUACUCCGGGAACGAGUACAGGGAUUCGACGUCCCCCAGGAGACACUUGAUGGACCGUAGGGAAGAGAUCUCGACCUUCGACACGGUCGACUUCCGGAGCUCGCCAGAACGCAGGACCCCAGAGUCCUCGGACACUUUCCGAAAGCACCCGGAGUCUUUUUCGCCACCAGGACACAUCGACUACAUCGACGAGGACAUUCCUUAUCACGCGAGGCAGUACGGCCAGCCGUUUACCUACGGAGCCACGACGGACAUGAUAAAGCAACGGAAGCUCUCCUCGCCAUCGCUGGUGAGGAGGGUCUCCUUGAAGGGCGCAGCUCCCGUCGUCGACUUUGGCGACGUCCUGGGGGACUCCGAGGACUCCCGCAGAGCCAUCAGCCCCGUCGACCCCAACACCCCCGACCCACCUCCAGAAUUCGCUAAUUCUCGUGAAACAACGAAAUCCACCGUGGAACACGCGGAUGGACUGUCGUGGCUGAGGCAGCAACAGAUGAAGCUCGCCGCCAGGAGGGACGAAAAGUGUCCCAUCAAACAAUGGAGGCAGGAGUCCGGAAAUCGGGUGAUCGGGGAGCUGAGAAGCUUGCAGAAGAGCAGACUAAGGUACGACGGAUAUGCGAGCGACUCCGCAGUUUUGGACGAUGACGACGAAAAUCCAUGGACACCGAGCUCCAUUUCCGGUCAGCUCCCGGCAAGGACUGCCCUCUACACUUCUGCUCCGGCGAGCCCCCUACUUCCAAGAAGAUCCAGCAGCAGGAAGUACAACGGCGCCGGAAGUGGUGCACUCACCACCGGAAGGCCUCGGGCUGAGAGCGUCAACGAAAGGCCAUUUGUAUCCGUCAAGAGGGGAUACGAGCUCCGGAAAGUUAACGACGGGCAGAGCCCUCUGUCGUCCUCCCGCGGCAUAUCGACGGCUGUUCCCUUAAGUCUAACAUCCCAACAGAGCCCCGAGACGCAUCAGCACCAGGAGCAGCAUCAACAUCAGCCUCAACACCAACUCCAGCACCAGCAACGAAUGGAGAGACCCCAGCGGCACCAACCACCGCGACCAGAAUCCCGUAGCGAUAGCUUCGUUCGCGCCGAAACGUUGAUAAGAGAGCGCCGUCAGGCCGUCGACGGCGAUUUCUCCAGCCCAACGACGGCGAAGUUCCCUCAAGAGCGGCAGUUGAACGUCGCCGAAGACGAGAGUCGCAUCCUGGAUCGUUUUCAGAGCUACUUCUCGAAAACGAUGAUGUCGGAGUCCGAGGACGCCCCGGAUGGAGGUCUACUGGCAGUCGUCGACAGACCCCAGGAUCAGACUGAUCGGACCGAUCAGGUUAAUCAGGCCCAUCAGACUAAUCCCACCGAUUCCCUCAGCAACCUAGUUCGCUCCCUGGCGGAGAUAUCCCCGAUGCAACCCGUUAACAGGGCCGACCACCUGCGAACGCCACCGGACAUCCGGACUGACGCCAGCGACCUCGCCAAUUGCACUAACACCUCCCCUAAUCAGUCGUCGAAAGCAUGGCAUACUACCACCCAGUUACAGAACGACUCCGUGUGGACGGAGCGAAGCACCAGCCCGGGAAGUAUUCCCGUGGGAAACGCUUCCAGACCGCAGACCCCGGCGUUUCCGGUGCACCCUAGGACCCCAUACGUCAAUAACGCCUCGCCCACCGUCACAUUUGCUGCGGAUAGAACCUACUUAAAUGGACCCAGGAACUACAACAGCAAUAUUAAUAACAACAAUAUCGGAAACGAGGGUGUCAACGACACUAACGACAACACCAAUAAUAAUGAGAACGGCGAUUGCGGCGGGUAUCUGGUGGACCGGGCCAUCUAUAUCGAGGAACGCAGAGACACCAUCAGGGAGACGGGAUUGCCUCCUAAGAGUCCGACUACGCAUCGACGUUUGAGUUUCCCGGCAGGCGGGCAGAUUAAGCAAGCCCAUAACAAACGGGGACUCCAAACUAACCAAUCGACGUCGUUCGACUCUAGCAAGGACCGUGCCAGCUCCCCAGUUGGAGGUCUCACCCCAUCGCAGACAGCACGGUCACCAGCCCACGUGGAAUUCGUCCCCAGCCCGAAGAACACCAUGUCCUCCGGUUCGGUUAACAGCAGCGGGCAAAUCUCAUCUCAGACCCAUUACACCGGAUCGAGGAGGUCCAGCGUCAAUUCCAACAUGGAGCCGCAGGAAGUAGCGGAUGCGAAUGUCAAAUUCGUAAGAGACACCAGCAGGAUCUGGUACAAGCCCAACAUCUCCCGGGAACAAGCCAUCUCUAUGCUGAAGGAUGCCACUCCAGGAACCUUCGUCGUCCGGGAUAGCAAUUCCUUCCCAGGUGCAUUCGGACUCGCGUUGAAAGUCGCGACUCCACCUCCUGGGGCACCCAGUAGUCCCAGGGAUCCUUCCAGUGAGUUGGUGAGGCACUUCCUGAUCGAGCCCACGUCGCGAGGAGUGAGACUCAAAGGAUGCGCCAAUGAACCCGUCUUCAGCUCCUUGUCUGCCCUGGUGUAUCAACACAGUCUGAUGGCAAUGGCUCUGCCGUGUCAAUUGUUGCUCCCUGAACCCGAAGCAGCUGCGCGAGCCUUGGACUCUUCAGGGGCGAAUAGUACUCAGCAGUUACUCGCCCAGGGCGCAGCCUGCAACGUGCUCUACCUUUUCACCAUGGACACGGAAUCGUUAACUGGACCUCAGGCCAUCAAGAAAGCGGUGACCACGCUCUUCGAGCAAAGCCCCUUACCUGCCGCGACCAUCGUCCACUUCAAGGUCUCCACCCAGGGCAUCACCUUAACGGAUAACGCUAGGAAGCUCUUCUUCAGGAGGCACUACCCGACCAGCAAUAUCAGCUACUGCGGUCUGGACUCCGAGGAACGUACUUGGGAAUUUCUUGGAGAAGAAAUCGGGCCUUCGGCAAGCGCCCAUCGAUGUUUCGGCUUCGUUGCUCGCAAGCCGGCUCACAAAUCGGACAACCAAUGCCACGUUUUCGCCGAGCUGGAACCAGAACAGCCAGCAACGGCCAUCGUCAACUUCGUCAACAAGGUCAUGAUGGGCAGCGCCAUCAUCAAGGCGAACAUCGUGUAAUACAGCCAGACGGAACUCAAUGAAGUAGGAACUGGAGCCGAGAGAAAUAAAAUCGAACGAUCGAACGAUCGACCGUAAAAAGGUCACUUAUCAGUUAUCGGAAGCUAAACGCUCCAGCGAGUCACGAAACAGCGAUGCGACGAAGUGCACGCCAAGUUCAUCAUUUCUGGCUUAAGACCCAGAAGUCGCGGAACCAGGUCUAAAUGUUCUCCAUGAAGUGCCGUGUCACCUGGAGAAUCGAGAGGAACAAAGGCGCCGCGCGAUUCUCCAUUCUCUUACGGGACAACGAAAUCUAACGGUGAAGCCGAGAUUAAAAUCGAGAUUCCUGGACGUGGCACGGCAUUUGAAUUUGGCUUGGUCGCUACGCGUAUACGUGUAAACAUCCCGCAUUACGAUUACCGUUAAUUUACCGCCUUUGUCGCGGUGGCACCGCAAACAAGGUAAAACGGAGAGCGAGACUAUGGUCGUUAACGACGGAGACACCUAGGUGCCUGUACGACGCAAUGUACACACGUUGGCCUCGAUGCGUUCAACAGAUGAAGGGAUUAACAGUGAAUCGUAGAAAUUGCGUAGUUCUCGAUAAGGAGGUUAACUUCGAUUGACCUCGCCGGUGGUUAGGAUCCCGAACUGUACAUAACGUUAAGGCCCGAUAUCGAGUAACCGCUCAAAGCGGACGACGAAGAGCCCCUCUCACAUUAUUUGGUUAUUCCAUGGCCGUGGCCGUGUCCAGGAACGGUGCCUGGGAUUGUCGUUGACUCUUCUCCUCUAUGGGCAUUUACAAGACACGGCCACGGUCGACUUCUACCUCCUCGCAAUGUAUACGGUUCUUCGCUUUUACCUUGUAUCCGUUAAACGUUUCUUUUAUCACCGGCACUGACGUUGCGUUAAAUUUGCCUCGCUAGAAAUUAGGCAGUUAGGUACCGAGUCUCACUAUGAUUGCAUGUAGGAAUUUCUCAUGUUACGCGCUUCUUUGUGUUUCUUAAGAGCGAACAUGGCGAAGGACUGUACAGAGCGAAGGAGGUCCAAGAAGCGUCGAAGUCUUUAGUCGAAAGGUCAACUAGGUUCUUGCCAUUCUCCACGGUCGUUCUCGUGGCAUUGACUCGCGACCGAGCGCCGUUUAACGUCAAAGCAAUUUUACAUAUGCAUGCUCGAAGGAAUCGGUUCCUAGAAUCUGUUUUCUUGGAGGCCUCAAAACGGAAUACUUGAAGAAUGAGAUUUGGAAGACGCUUGCGAUGACCCAGGCGACCGGUAGAGAAAUUCUUUCCAACGUCUCGAUAACGCCGGGAGCUCAACGAGCGUUCCGUUUUUCUCGGCGAGUAUCGCGAGAACGACCAUCAGCAGUCAAUUAUUAGACCGACCGAAAAUGUCGACUCGAGACUCGAAUCAUCGGUAGUUUGGCGACAUCGACAGGAGGCGAAAUUCCGCUCCUCCUUUUCAUUCCGAUUAAAGUAGCGACCCGCGGGGAGAAGUCAUACUCUGCGAAUCGCCGAUUACGUUUAAUUAUCGCUGGAUAGAUUCGUAGAACUUCACGGAAUGAUGAUCCCGGCUUUUAUGCUCCUCCGAGUCUCGUUUCCCACGUUGAAGAGGUUCAUCUUGAGUUGCGGGUAAUCGGUGAUCGGAGGGUGCCAUUUCUCCUCGUUAGUAGCGAUUAUGUUUGAUUAUAACCUUACGUACUAACGACGGGAAGGGCAGGGAGGAGAGGAAACGAAAUAACGCCGUAGACGUGCUAGUCAAAAGUCGAGUUAGUUCAGGGUAGACCGUGGAUUACGAUUGCGUGGAUUGCCCCCGAUAGGAAGUCUGUCAGGUGCGCCAACCCUGAUCACCUGAAAAGUUAAUCGACGUUUAUUUAGGCUCUAUUAAAACUUAUUAUCUGAUCGUUUAAUGACCAAUUACCAAUUGUUUCUAAUUCUAAAUUAAACCUCGAGAAGAGUGAAAUAAUACUCGGGGUUAUUAAAGUUUGAUUUAAGGUGAUCAAAUGUUGGCAAACUUGGCCCACGCGGCUCGUCGUCCUUUCUUCCGCGAGUCCCCGCGCAGACUAAUGGAUAUUAUGCUAUAUUAAUUUAAUUCUAUUACAGUCAUUGUUAAUUAUUUACACCACUCACUCCGUGCAUUGUCGUUACGAUUGUAUUCGUUGUGUACCGUAUAAGUUGGUAGGUAUAUCGCAUAAACCCCGCAUAACAGUAAUAAAUCAUGUUCGCAGCGGAA